AUGAGCGAUCCAAGUGCUAAAAUUCAGAGCAACAAUCAAGUGAGAGUUAACUCUAGCAACUACAAUGCGAAAACUAAUAUCCUCUAGAAUAGGACAGCGUCAUCCAUACCUUAAUCAUUUGAAUUGGGCGAUGAUGUUCUGAUUGAAGAUAAGUUUUUAAAACCAAUGAACAAUUUCAAUGGUGGAGCUGGUGAUAAGCUCUUAUCAAAAUGGACUAUUUACUUUCCACAUGAGAAGCAAAAAUCUUUUGACAGCUUACUAGAAUGGGUAUACUUUAUUAGAUAAACUGAAAUUUUGCUAUAGGAUAAAAAAGAUGAUAACUUUGACUCAAUAGUGGUUCACAUAAACUUUGCAGCCCUUUAUCAGAUAGGAAGUAGUAAUCUCAAAUAGUUCUUAGAUUUUUUGAAUGACCAUCCCACUGAUAUGAUUAAUUGCAUGGCUCUUGCUCUUGAUAAUGUGAGACAGAAUAAGCUUAAAAAUGGCAACGACAACAGACAAGUUAUUGUAAUUAGUAUUCCUUAUCAUAUAUUGAUAGGUCCGAUUCUCCAAUUUCAAUCACAUAUAUUCCUUGUCAUUAAUCAAGUCUCACUUGAUUAACAAGUUUAUUUGUUUAAGAGGGACAGUGCUAAGAAUUGCAGGGGCAAAACAUUUUUACCAGAGAAACAUACAGCAAAGACCUCUUUCUAUUAAAGAAUAAGAAUAUAAGAAAUCGAAAACGAUUUAAAGGAUAUAAACGCUGGUAAAUUGCCUAAGACUAUUGAUUGUGAGAUCAAAGAUGAUUUAAUUGACGCCUGCAUAAGUGGAGACAUCGUUACUAUUUGUGGCAUAAUGAAAACUGAACUUUAAAGUGAUAUGAAGGGAUUUGGUGCUUAAAAGGCAAAUAAGAAUAAAGCCUUACAUGCAUCCUACAUUGAUGUAAAUUCAAUUAAGAAUUCGAAUACAGAGUACUUUUUGCAAACCUCAACAUAAUCCUCGUAUCAAGGAGGUUAAAUCUAGGAUGAUAAAGUUAACAUGGCUGAACUUAGCGAGAUCCAUAGAAUUUCAGAGAGGAGAGAUGUAUUUCAAUUGCUAAUUAAAUCUAUAUGUCCGUCUAUAUUCGGUCACGAACUUGUAAAAACUGGAUUGCUUCUUUCUUUGUUUGGUGGAACAGAUUAUAGAUUGAAAUUAAAGGGACAUUAUUUGGAGAUGCUGCUUGACAAAAACUCUAAUCAGCAAGAAGAUGAUGAGGAUGAAUAGUAAUCAACACACAACAUCAGACCUGAUAUUCAUCUACUGAUUGUUGGAGAUCCUGGAUUAGGAAAGUCUUAAAUGCUGAAGCAUAUCAUCAACGUUGCUCCAAGAGGUGUGUAUGUUUGUGGAAAUUCAACAACAAAUGCUGGUCUUACUGCGACAAUCGUCAGAGAUCCUAUGACUAAUGAAUAAAAUCUUGAAGCAGGAGCCUUAGUUUUAAGCGAUCUUGGAGUAUGUUGUAUAGAUGAGUUUGAUAAGAUGACAAGUGACUAGAACACACUCCUUGAAGCCAUGGAACAAUAAACAAUAUCCAUCGCCAAAGGUGGUAUUCUAGGAUCUUUAUCUGCAAGAUGCAGUAUAAUAGCUUGUGCAAACCCAGUGACUGGUCAUUAUAAGUUCGAUUUAGUCUUUUUACUUUUGGACGAUCCAGAUGUGCAGAGAGAUAAAAAACUUAGUGAGCAUGUAAUGAAGCUCCAUUCAAGAAAUAGAAAAAGAAAGCUGGAGUUUAUAAAUCAUAUAAACGGAGCUCAAAAUCAUCCUUAUUCAGUAUCUUUGAAUGAUGAUUCCUCAUCAAUUACUGGGAAUUAAGCUAAAAGAUUAAAGUAGAAUUUUUAUUCUCAAAAUGUAGAAGUUAAAAAUAAUGGAGAUACCCUCAAUGGCAUCAAAGAGCAAGAUUUUGUGAAUUAUACUUCAAUGCUUCAGAAGAUUAAGCAUUUGUCAGAUAGAAUACCUGAAAGCGAAAUCAUUCCACCUUAGAUUAUGAAGAAGUAUAUUUCAUAUGCCAAGCAUACUGUGUUUCCAAAAUUAUCGAUUGAAGCUUGCGAAGUGAUCAAGGACUUUUAUUUGACUCUAAGAGAAGAGGCUACACAUAAUUAAAAUACUUUGCCUAUCACUUCCAGAUAGCUAGACUCUCUAAUUAGACUUACUUAGGCAAGAGCUAAACUAGAAUUUAGAAAUAUUGCAACCAGAGAUGAUGCUAUGGAUAUAGUCAGAUUAGUUUAAGAAUCCUUGUUUGAGUCAUGCUCAAUUGAUAUGGGAAAAUUUGGAGGUUCUAAUUCAAGUCAGUAUUCUGGAUUGACAGGAUAAGGCAGAAAAGGAGCAAACCAAGUAGACUUAAACAAUAUUGCUAUGCUAUCAAUUCCUAAGCAGACAAAGUUUUACCUUGAUAGAUUAAGGUAAGAAGCUGAGACAAGCGGUAACAAAAUCUUUGAUUUCCAAGGUCUGAUUAGAAUUGGGAAAGAGAUGAAUUUGUAAGUAGGCGAUUUCAAGUUAUUUAUUGAAAAGCUAAACAUGCAAAAUGCUCUUAUCAUGAAACCAGGAAAAUAAUGGGAGCUAAUGAUGUGA